CCUUCCCCAAUCUAAAACACUCCAUAGUCCACCCAUUUCUUUAGGCCUACACACGUCCACCCAUUUCACCUCGUCCCCAACCUCCUCCGGCGUCGUCAGAUCCGCCGGCGGGAGCCCCCUGCUACAGCGCCCCGACCCGGCUGCCCCUCCUCCUCGAAUCCUCCCCGCCGGGCCGCCGCUCCUCGACUCCUCCCCGCCCGGGCCGACCUCCUUCAGUGCCGUGCGGCAGGACGCGCCCGGGAGCAGGACUCGAUCGGCCGCCCGCCUGCCCGGCCCUCUCUGCCCUCCGCCCGGCAGCAGGAGGCGCCCGCACGCCCGGCCCUCCCUUCCAUUCGCUGGUUACAACACUUCUGAAGUUAUUUCACUUGUUUACCAGAAAGAAGACAGAGUUAAACUGCUGAUUGUCAAGGUACUUAUUCUUCUCCAAGAAGGGUUACCAGGGGAGGAGGGGCAUACAGAGGCAGGGCACAAAUGGACACGCAAAUGUAUAGAGGUUGAUUUUUCUGUAGAGUUUGUGAACUAGGACUGCACAGGACUGUACGGGCAGGUACUUAUUCUUCUCCAAGAAGGGUUUCCAGGGGAGGAGGGGCAUACAGAGGCAGGGCACAAAUGGACACGCAAAUGUAUAGAGGUUGAUUUUUCUGCAGAGUUUGUGAACUAGGACUGCACAGGACUGUACGGGCAGGUACUUAUUCUUCUCCAAGAAGGGGGGUUACCAGGGGAGGAGGGGCAUACAGAGGCAGGGCACAAAUGGACAUGCAAAUGUAUAGAGGUCACGCCGUCGUGGCUGCACUGGUUCUCCUUACCACCGUCACUGCAGCAAGCCCAACUGGCUACUGGGGUUACCUCUGUGAUGGUGGGAACUACAGUGCGCCCAGCAAGUACCAGCAGAACCUUGAACAGCUCUCCGCCACGCUGCCUGAAGCAGUCGCCUCCUCCCCCUCUUUGUUCCACACGCAGGCAGUUGGCUCCAGCCAAGAUAGAGCAUAUGCUCUGGCAAGAUGCCGCGGCGACACAGAGGCCGACGACUGCAAGAGGUGCCUUACACAGGCCUUCAAGGAUGCCCGGGCUGUUUGCACGUUCAGGAAGGGUAUUUCCAUCUACUACGACACGUGCAGCCUCUGGUUCGCUGAGAAGAUCAAAAUUCAUCUUGGAGAUUUGCAGUCAGUCCUUAGGGCGGAUGGUCCCCCUAUACCUACCCAAUGCAAGGCCUUCCAGAACGAUGCCAGUACACUUAUCGCAGAUGUGGCGAGGAAGGCAUCAGAUUCUUCUCAAAGACAUGCCACGGGAGAAAAGGGUUGUGAUGAGCGUGCCUGCAACUACACACUAUACACUCUUGCUGACUGUCUACCUGGAAUUUCAGCUGCUCAGUGUCAGGUCUGUUUGGAAGAUCUAACCUCUACACCAGGCCUGAGUGGUAGGCAAAUGGGUGAGCGAAAGGCUACCCUAUUGUGCAGUUACCGUUUGGAGCCUUAUCAGUUCUUCAGGGAUACAAAAGGAGGACACACGAACAAGACUCUUUGGAUCGUGGUGGUCAUAGCGGGAGGCGCAGUGCUACUGGCAAUCGCCUUGCUACUUUGGUGGUGGUUUCUGGCUAAACAUCCUUCUGCGAUAGAUUCCUUCAACAAAAUCACAACCAACUGGCAGGGCAAGACGAUAGCCCUCUUCUUGGACUACGACGGAACCCUAGCGCCAAAAGUAGAUAAUCCUGACGAGGCAUACAUGUCCAGCGAGAUGCGCGAAGUUGUUCAAGAACUUGCCUCCUUGUGCGCCACUUCAGUCGUCAGUGGAAGGGCCCGCGAUAAGGCGGAAAAUUUCGUAAUGAUCGAAAACCUGCACUAUGCAGGGAACCACGGAGCAGAAAUCAAACUCAUUGACGAAACAGAAGCCUACGAACCUGCCCGCGAGUACGUGCCUGUUAUAAAUCAGGCAAGAGAGCGUUUGGAGGAGGCUAUCAAAGAAAUAAAGGGUGCAAGCAUUGAACAUAAGAAAUUCGGGAUUUCCGUGCACUACCGGUGUGUUGAGAAGGAGGAACGGGAACUGGUUAAGAAGCUUGCCAAGCAAACCAUUAAAGGUUUCUCUGAGCUCACAGUAACUAAGGGUGACAAGGUUGUUGAAGUUCGUCCUAAGGCUGAAUUCAACAAGGGGUUUGCAGUCAAGUAUAUACUCGAGCAGCUAGCCCGCAAAAACAAUUGGGACAGUUCUCAGGUGGUCGCUAUCUUUAUUGGUGACGAUAAGACAGAUGAAGAUGCAUUCAAGGUGCUUCGUAAACGAGUUGGCGGACUGGGGAUCCUUGUCAACAAGAAACGCAAGUGGACCAAAGCCUCGUAUUCCCUUGAAGACCCGGCUCAGGUGCAAAAAUUUCUUCAGAUGCUCGUGAACUGGAAGAAGAAGGCAGAGGCUGAAGUUUGAGCGUAGCUUUGAUACAUGUCAUUCGGUUGUUAACUUGUUAUAUAAAACUUCUGAAUAACAAGUACUAGUUUAUGUUCCAAGCAAGUUGGGUCGAGGCUAGAGAUGCAACCCAACAGAAAACCGUGAGAACCUAAACGAGAAGCGAGAAAGUACUAGUAAAUAAAAUAAAGCCCUUUUGUGUGUAAUAAGUACAUAAUUGAGUUGGAUCUGUGUGGAUUCUUUGUUUCUCCACACAUGGCAAGUUACUUAUCCGUCCGA